GGUAUAGGUGGGCCGGACCCUCACAGCUCCCACCCUCCCUUGCUCGCCGCCCGCGCCCGGAGAUGCUCGUCCCUGCCGACUCGGCGGUUCAAGCCUGGCUGCAGACGCUCACUGCGUGGCCGGUGCCCCUGGGCGUGGCGGCCGGAGUUCGGAUGGCUGCGUCCACCACGGUCGUGAUGCUCGUCCUCGAGCUCCUCUGCCUCGACGUCGCGAUUGGCCUCGCUCGCAAGUCGCCGAGCCUGUACGCGCAGGCGUGGGCCGCAACGCUCCGCAACAACUUUCUGCUCGGCCCCGCCGUCUACUACGUGGCACAGGAGUUCUUCUGCUGGCCCGCGCUGCCGCCCGCCUCAUCGGCGGUCGCGGCGGUCGCACUGGUGCUCGUGCACGCGGCGGGCUACUACACGGCGCACCGGCUGAUGCACACCAAGGCGCUGUACUGGGCGCACUCCUUCCACCACCAGUUCUCUACGCACGUCGUCCCAAGCGCCUCCAACGCCGUCUCGCUCACCGAGUACGCCAUCGCCUACAUGCUGCCGUUCGUGGUUGGCUGCGUCGUCUGCCGCCCCGACGCGUUGGCGCUGUACGCGGCGGUGUCGCUCAUCUCGGCGAACAACUUGCUGAUACACACGCCGCGCCUCGAGGCGCUCGCCGCCGCGCUGCUCCCCUCCGUCUUUGUCAGCACCGGCGGCCACCUGGAGCACCACCGCAAGCUGACGAAGAACUACGCUGCGCCUACGCUGAACCUCGACCGGCUGCUCGCCGCCUCGCCCACGCUGACGAGGGCGGCGGACGCCUUCUUCCUCGCCCUCGGGGGCAAGCCGGUGGCCGUGAGCAACAAGGCCGCCUGAUCCGCCCGCAGUGCCGGCGCAGCCGCCCGCUCUCCCUCUACUCGUACCAGGCCAGCCGGCUUGGCCUGGCCAGCGCUCCCUCGCCGGCUCCUCUCCGAGCCACCGAUAAGAAAGAAAGAAAACACACACACCAAACCUCCAAGUGCUCCAGACGAGGGAUGGGGGGAGGACAGGGUCCCUACCUGCACGAGCAUUGACACGAGCAGGAUUUUGGAAGGACGAUCCAGGGGUAGAAAAGAGAAAGCCGGCGACGCUUCUUUUGUUCGCAGGAGUCGCUUAGGCGGCUCCCGUGGUGCGUGGAGCGUGGUGUACCUGUGUUAGUGCCAGUGCGCGCCAGUCCCGUGUCCAGUGUCCGUGCGAGGGAGUUCGCUGGUAAAAU